UGGAGUAGAGACAUGGCGGCGAGUAAGGCAGGAUUAAGGAUGCUAGAUAAGGAAGGAGAAAGCAGUAUGGAAGAGAAUGAAAUGGAGGAAAGAGAAAGAAUGAGAAUCAAGUUGAAAAAGGGAGCAAGUACAAGCAAAAUAAAGUAUGAAGUAAGUAAGGCAAAGGAAGGAGAACAAAAGAAGAAGAGGAAUGUGAAAAGGAAAAGGUAGACAGAGAUAGCUGCAGUGGCGGAAAGGGCGGAGGAAACGGGGGAAGAGGGAAAGGAAAAGAGCAUAGCGAAUAUGAAUAUAGUGAUGAGUUCGAGUACGAAAAAAGCAAAGAAAUUGGAAAGAGAGGUGAAAAAGGAAAUAAACUUGGAAAGAUGCGUGAAGGAAUAGAGUAUAUUGACAUAACUGAUGAACGACGAAGCAGGAGUACAGAUGAAGAAGAGACAGGUAGGAUCGAAAAAGGAAAAAGAACGACAGGAGAGAUGUUUAAAGUUAUAACAAACAGUCUGAGAAGAAUAGUCCAAUUACCAAAAAAUGAAAAGGAAAGGAGUGCUGUAAUGGACGAGGUGAUAGUUGUGCAGAAUGAAUUAAUAGAACUUCUGAUCGAGCAAAUGAAGUUGGAGAAGGCGUGUAUGGAGAUAACUAGAGACAAGAUUAGAAUGACAGAGUCCCGGGGCAAGGAGAUGGAUGAAGAAAAGAGAAUGAACAGAAAGGUAUCAAAAAUGCAGUCCUAGAUGUGGUAGAUUCAGUUACCGGAGGGAUGAAGGGAAAGUAAUUUUCCAUAGUCAACAUUUGUUGGCUUUCACCUAUCCAGGAACAGGGGGAAUCUUUCAUACCAGAAUGUUUAUUUUAUUUUAUUAAUAAAAAAAAUGUUUAUUUUUGUUAUUUGUUCAUUUUCUUAAU